CCUGACCGACCCUUGGCGCCGAAGGGGGGGGCUCUCCCCCCGUCUCGCGCCCCUCUCCUGAGCUCCUGGUCCGCUGCCCCCUCUCCGGUGUCUCCCCUUCCUCCCCACCCCGUCCCCCUCCUCUGCUCCCCGCCCGCCGCCCGCCUCUCGGGGGGAGGGGCGUGGGGGGCAGGGAGCCGAUUUGCAUGCGGCCGCCGCGGCCGCUGCCUGCGCCCCAACCCGCCGCCGCCGCCGCCGCCGCCGGAGCCCGCGCCCGGCCCCAUGCCUCUGGCGCGGCCCUCGGGGGGGCGAAGGUGAAGACCGGCUCCUAGGAUGAGUGAAGGGGCGGCCGCUGCCUCGCCACCUGGUGCCGCUUCGGCAGCCGCCGCCUCGGCCGAGGAGGGCACCGCGGCGGCUGCAGCAGCGGCGGCGGCGGCGGGCGGGGGCCCGGACGGCGGCGGCGGCGGCGAAGGGGCGGCCGAGCCCCCCCGGGAGUUACGCUGUAGCGACUGCAUCGUGUGGAACCGGCAGCAGACGUGGCUGUGCGUGGUACCGCUGUUCAUCGGCUUCAUCGGCCUGGGGCUCAGCCUCAUGCUCCUCAAAUGGAUCGUGGUGGGCUCCGUCAAGGAGUACGUGCCCACCGACCUGGUGGACUCCAAGGGGAUGGGCCAGGACCCCUUCUUCCUCUCCAAGCCCAGCUCCUUCCCCAAGGCCAUGGAGACCACCACCACCACCACCGCCACCACUUCCACCACGUCCCCCGCCACCCCCUCGGCCGGCGGCGGCGGCGGCGGCGCUGCCUCUUCCAGGACGCCUAACCGGAUUAGCACCCGCCUAACCACCAUCACGCGGGCGCCCACCCGCUUCCCCGGGCACAGGGUGCCCAUCCGGGCCAGCCCGCGCUCCACCACCGCACGGAACACCGCAGCCCCCCCGACGACGGUCCUGUCCACCACGGCCCCUUUCUUCAGUAGCAGCACGCCCGGCUCGCGACCCCCGGCGCCAGGAACCCCCAGUACCCAGGCGAUGCCCUCCUGGCCCACUGCGGCAUAUGCUACCUCCUCCUACCUUCAUGAUUCUACUCCUUCCUGGACCCUGUCACCCUUUCAGGAUGCUGCCGCCGAUUCCUCUUCUUCCUCCACCACCACCACCACCGCCGCGCCAGAAACUAGCACCAGCCCCAAAUUUCAUACCACAACAUAUUCCACGGAGCGAUCAGAGCACUUCAAACCUUGCCGAGAUAAGGACCUUGCCUACUGCCUCAACGAUGGAGAGUGCUUUGUGAUCGAGACUCUGACGGGAUCCCAUAAGCACUGUCGGUGCAAAGAAGGCUACCAAGGAGUCCGCUGUGAUCAAUUUCUGCCCAAAACCGACUCCAUCUUAUCAGAUCCAACAGACCACUUGGGAAUUGAAUUCAUGGAGAGUGAAGGAGUGUAUCAAAGGCAGGUGCUGUCGAUGUCAUGUAUCAUCUUUGGACUCGUCAUCGUGGGCAUAUUCUGUGCCGCAUUCUACUUCAAAAACAAGAAGCAAGCUAAACAAAUCCAAGAGCAGCUGAAAGAGUCACAGAAUGGUAAAAACUACAGUCUCAAAGUAUCCAGCACCAUGUCAAAGUCAGAGAGCUUGGUGAAGAGCCACGUCCAGCUGCAAAAUUACUCAAAGACGGAAAGGCAUCCUGUGACUGCACUGGAGAAAAUGAUGGAGUCAAGUUUUUCCAGCCCCCAGUCAUUCCCUGAGGUCCCUUCUCCAGACAGAGGAAGCCAACCUGUCAAACAUCACAGCCCUGGACAAAGAAGUGGGAUGCUUCAUAGGAAUACCUUCAGAAGGACACCCCCCUCGCCCCGUAGCAGGCUGGGAGGAAUUGUGGGACCAGCAUAUCAGCAACUCGAAGAAUCAAGGAUCCCAGACCAGGAUUCAAUACCUUGUCAAGGGAUAGAGGUCAGGAAGACUAUAUCCCACCUGCCUAUACAGCUGUGGUGUGUUGAAAGACCCCUGGAUUUAAAGUAUGCAUCCAAUGGUUUAAAAACCCAACAAAAUACAUCAAUAAAUAUGCAACUGCCUUCAAGGGACACAAACCCCUAUUUUAAUAGCUUGGAUCAAAAGGACUUGGUGGGAUACCCAUCCACAAGGGCCAGCUCUGUGCCCAUUAUCCCUUCAGUGGGUCUAGAAGAAACCUGCAUGCAAAUGCCAGGGAUUUCUGAAGUCAAAAGCAUCAAAUGGUGCAAAAACUCCUACUCAGCUGACAUCGUCAAUGUGAGUAUUCCUGUCAGCGAUUGUCUUAUAGCAGAACAGCAAGAAGUGAAAAUAUUGCUGGAGACUGUCCAGGAGCAGAUCCGAAUUCUGACUGAUGCCAGAAGGUCAGAAGACUACGAACUGGCCAGCGUAGACAUCGAGGACAGUGCGAGCGAAAACACAGCCUUUCUCCCCCUGAGUCCCACGGCCAAAUCAGAACGAGAGGCACAGUUUGUCUUAAGGAAUGAAAUACAAAGAGACUCUUCAUUGACCAAGUGACUUGAGAUGUAGGAAUCUGUGCAUUCGAUGCUUCACUCAACAGGAAAGAGAGGAAAUUAAAAGCAAAAUUAUUUAUAUGCAUUAAUUUAAGAGCAUCUACUUAGAAG